GAUAUAAUCUAUACAUUUAUAUUAUAAAAAUUUACUUCUCAAAGGGUGGUUAAAACCUUUUCUGUACUUUUUAGGUCACUUUAUUCCUCACUGUAUCCCUGCAUUUAUGUAAAAAGGGGGAUGAAAAAAAAAGCACCACUACCAAUUCAAGAUCUACCAGUUCCCCCAGCAUUCACGGCUAUUAGUAGUCCAUAAAAUCUGUCUAAACUGCCCUGGAAUGGUUUGCUGCCGGGCUGCUUCUCUUUGUUACAACUGGCAUCCAGCAAAGGCCUGAUCCCACAACAGUAACUCGAGUCCCCUCCAAACACAGCGUGCCUCUCCGCUCCUCUCCUAUCAUGUGUUGGGGACUUGGAAACUUGGGCAGCAGACACGGAGUGCAAAGCCCAGCGGGAUGAUGAAGUUAUCUGAGCCAUUAAGUCUUAAUUCAUCAUAACUUGCUUUGUCAUCGGAUGGCGAAGAGUUUACAUGCGAGCUAUUAUAAUGUGUGACAUGAUGCCAUCAGCAUGGAAAUCCAUUGAGUCUUGUUUAUCAUGUAUUGACAUGAAAUGGGGGCGUUUGUUGAUGAUGUCAGGGCACGCUGCCGGAUGAGCGGCCUCCUGGUCCGCCUCAGAUCUCUGUGGACGGCAUAAAGUCCUGGUUGACCUGUGGGACACUGACUCAUCUCUCAGGCCUGCAGGCAUGCGCAUGCAACCGUGCAAAGUGUUACACGUGUGUCAGGUUUAUCGGAAGCUAAAGACCUCAGUGUGACAUCCAGCAAGGGGAAAACAAAGAUAUUUCAAAGACUCGAGGGAAAUGCAUUAAUAGCUUUAACAUUGGCAGAAAUGAAAGCACAUUUUCUCCUGUAAUGUACUUAAAUGCAAUUUUGAGGCAGAUAGUAAAGUGUUUACUACUUAUAUUACCUUUACUUUCCUCCAAAACCUUUGGAGAUAGUAGAUGAUUUGGAGAUGAUUCUUGUGAAAGAAUCACAAGGAGAGUUAGAGCCAUACUUCAAGGUCAUGAAGGUCAUCCACUGUUUAAUGUUUUUAGAGUCUUCAGUAAAAAAGUGUGUCGAGUGACCGGUUAUGGAUGCGAAGGUGCUCCACAAAACCCACAGCUGUGAAACUUUUUAAUGACAUGUGAUACUUGCUUGUUUCCUAAGACAGGGGUUGUGAACUUUGACAUGAUUUGUAAGGUUUUGUUUCAUAUGUAUUGUUCUUUUAAUUCUUAUUUUUUUUAGUUAUUGCUGGUUUUUAUUGGUCCUUAUGAUUGGCCUUUUGGCCUGUUGUGGCAGCAUGUUUUUCAUAUGUUGUCAUGCUUUGACCUGCCUGACUUUUGUUAUUUGUCACUGUGGAUGGGCGACCAAACUAGUUUCCCCUUCUGGGUAUCAACAAAGUUAUCUAGUGUAAUCUUGUACUAGUAGUCCAUUACAUUUAAAAAGGAAGUAUUGGAAAUAUUUUUACUCUAUCUCAUGUGUUUGACAGUUACAAGUUACUUUUAAACUACCACAGUAUAUACUGUCAAGUAGUUUAAAUAGCUCAAAUUAGCAACUCUUUGAUCAACUACAACAUUAAAUUGCUGCUGAAGCGAUAAUGCAUCACUGAUAUUAAUCCAAAAAUAGAAAUUAUGCUACAACAUUACAAAGGGGACUUACAGAAAACACCUCUGUCCUUUUGAGUCACUUUUUCAAUGAGGGACUUUUUUAUAAUUGAGUAUUUUUACAUUAUCGUAUUUGUGCUUUUAUUUAAGUAUGAUCUACAUACUUCUUCCACCACUGAGAUUUAGUGUAACUACAAACUGAUAAAUUUAACAGUAAUCCGGGGCUCUUAUAUGUAUUGUUUCAACAGAUCUAUACGUUUCUUAAAUAUCCUGUUUUCUGUAGAAACCAGACAGAAACCUGAUAGCCCCAAACAGUAAUGUGACUUUAAUGGGCUCCUGCUCUCUCCCUCACUCUGAUAGCAGUGUUACUUCAUCACAUUUUGCAGCUCCAUGGGUAUCUGCUAAUCCGGUGCCUCUGUUUGGUGAUGACUGUAUUUUAGCAGACUUGUAGACCUAAUAUCCACAAUUAUAAUUUGUGCUUGAAAAAGAGACAUUAGGCUCAACGCUAGUACUUAUUAGAGUCUAAAAUCUUUGCCAAACUGAAUAUAAACCUGCAUUUCAAGCUGUUUGAAGAGUUCUCUUUGCUCUAGAAGCUCAAUAUCCAGCUGUGUUUUGUACCCUACUGUCUUAUUUAUAUGUUUGCUCCAUCAGACAGCAAGGAUUCACUCCCCACAAAGACAGCUGACAUCCUCUUGAAGCCCCGACUAUCUCUUGUCUGCCUUUACUGGGAUUUUGGUGUUACUUAUAAUACCAUAUUUCUCAUUUGGAUGUGAAGACAGUGUUUUAAAAGUCAAAACUGAUGAAAGGCGAGCUGUUGCGGACGGAGGGGAAUAAGCCCGGAGGCUGAAUGCCUUGAUUCAUCCAGACGUCCCUUGAAUAUCCUGCUAGGAAAAGGAUUCACUGAAACGGAGCUGGCACCUUUUUCUGCUCACUACUGAACAAAUGCUGUUGCCACUCAAAAUGUGUUUUUGUUGAACUAAUUCUUGUGGGUAAUGUAGAAUGGGCUUGGAUUUUCUCUGCGUGGAAUAGUGGACUUCAUACAUGUCUGAUUUUCUUUGUUUUACCAACCUGUGAUUAAAUAUGUAAUCUUUAGGUUUUUUUUUCUCAGUUAAUUGUGCAAAAUGCCAAAAUAUAAAAGUUGAACUAACUGUGGUCAAAGGGAUUUUGGAAGGAACAUAUUCUGCAGUACUGUCAGUGAUAAAUUGUCUCUGUCAGAGGGCUUGUGUUGCACCAAACAAGCAGCAUACUGAGUCAAAGCAUGAGGCAGUUUAGAAGAAAUAAGGUUUUCAGGCGUGAGGGAGAUGGACAUAAAAGAUCACCUCCUGCCCUUCACUUAACUCUGCCUCUGACCCUUGAGAACAACAAAAAAGCAAACCCACAGAGUUCCCAAGAGACCAGCAGAUCACAGUGCGCCAAUGUCUGCGCCAAUAUAAACCGCCGCGUAUUUCUAAUAACACCAUGUGCUGCGCCAAUCUAACUCUCAGCCUCAAUUAGCUAUCGGUGAGUGGCAGGUUUUCUCAUUGUCGACGUUGUUCUCAGUCUAAACAGCCUUUGAUCUUCUCAGCAGCUACAAGCAAAGCCGAGGCGAUGUCUUCUUCAGCUGUGCGUAAUCCAAACUCCGAAGGCAAUUCAGAGGCAGCAGGUAGCUAGUGGUGUUUUCUUAGGUGCGCACAGUUCCCAGAGAUGGGGGCUCGCCAAACGUUUUGACACAUUGUGAGAAAUAUCCGCAUUGUAUCCUUGUAAGCUGUCAACAACAUAAUUACCCAAACCAGCCAGGGUCGAACAGCAAAAGCCCUAUUUAGUCUGACAAUCUCUGUCUGCUGGAAGGGAAGAUUUCUGCUAUUAUAAGAGAUCAUUUCACUUCUUUCUAGUGCGGUUUAAAACGUCGCUGUCUUUAUCUGUAAAAAAUGAUCCAGUUCAUUUGUUUUCACUUGUAGAAAAAAAAGGGAACAAAUAAGAAACAUGUUGAGAUUUUUUGCAGUACAAACAACCUUGCAUUCCACCCUCAGACCUCCACACUGCUGCACCAUAAUGGCCAUCUGUUGUGUGCUGGAUUGAAGUACUUGCCUCGUGUCAAUAACUUUUAAUGGUUAAAAUUUGGUCCUCCGAGGCAAAAUGGUGCAGGGAAUUGCGCAGUGGUGUCAAUUGUGUAAUUACUGUUUUAAUGAGCUCAGGCAAACAGGGAUCACCUCAUUCACAGCACCUUCAGUGAUGAGCUGGAGGUGUUUAGAGGGGGAUUACCGCUGCAAUGUGAAUUCACAGGGCUUGAAAUGUUACACCUUUCUUUGCAGCUGGGCUGCAUCUGCAACGCUGUUGUCUCCACCGUAAAAAUUGGCCGGCAUACUCCUACGAGUGGUCACCCUCUUUUUCUGCACAGUUUGACUAAACAAAACACACUCUCUUUAAUAUUUAUGUCUUCAUAGCUGAGUGUCACUUUCAUUGUCAGCUUUGACACGAUGCCUGCAGGCCAGUUACAGUUAAAUCAAGAAAAAUGAAGCACUUAUGACUGUUUUAAAAACAAAUCCAUUUAGUGGUUAAAGCUGUAAAUGUUUGCCCACUCUCCCGAAACAUUCCCAAGCAUUGUGUUCAUCAUGGCCUUGCAACAGAGUGGUUGUUGGAAGGAGAGAGUGGUGAUGAGUGGGAAAACACCAGUCUACUACGACAGAGCAUGUGCUUCAUCUCCAGACAGCCUGGAGUUUGGCCCCGGAGUGGAGCUCGCCGGCUCGGAUGAGGACGAGCAUGUCAGGAUCCCCGGAGCCCCUCACCAGCCGGGACACUGCCUCCAGUGGGCCUGCAAGGCCUGCAAGCGCAAGUCCAGCUUUGUGGACCGCAGACGGGCCGCCACUAUGCGUGAGCGCCGGCGACUGAAGAAGGUCAACCACGCUUUUGAGGCUUUGCGGCGCUGCACCUCAGCCAACCCCAGCCAGCGCCUGCCCAAGGUGGAGAUCCUUCGCAACGCCAUCCAGUACAUCGAGAGCCUGCAGGACCUGCUUCGAGAGCAGGUGGAAAACUACUACGGCCUACCUGGAGAGAGCAGCUCGGAACCCCCGAGCCCGUUGUCCAGCUGCUCUGAUGGCAUGGCUGACAGCAACAGUCCAGUGUGGCAACAGCUGAAUGCAAACUACAGCAGCAGCUAUUCAUAUGCGAAGAACGAGAGCUUGGGCAAUAAAGCACCCGGAGCUUCCAGUCUGGAGUGUCUCUCCAGCAUCGUGGACCGCCUGUCCUCAGUGGAGUCCAGCUGUGGACCGGUGGCUCUGAGAGACAUGGCCACCUUCUCCCCCGGCAGCUCCGACUCGCAGCCAUGCACACCGGAGAGCCCCGGAUCCAGGCCCGUCUACCACGUCCUGUGAAGGAAAUCUCGCUUCGACAAGGAUAUAUCGCCACAAGCAAGGCGCCUUGCUUUACCAAACACCAGCUGCAUUUGCAUCAAGUAGCGAUAAGAACUAGUUUUGUGCAAAUCUGAAGGAGGAACUGUGCCAAGAAACAAGCAGCUUUUAUAUUGUACAUUAGAUUGUAAAUAUGUAAUGUAAAUUCCCAUUUAUUCUAUACAUGCUAUUAUACCCAAUGAGACAUAUUUAAUUAUAACAGUUAAUGUACUGUUGCUGACUUAAUGUUGUUAUUUCUUACUUUCCAUGUUGUUAUGACCAUUAAAUCUUUCACUGUUUUGUAUAAAAGUUUGAGCAUUUGUUUCUUUUGAAGCUCUUCUUCUUCUUCUUCUUCUUCUUCUCCUUCUUCUUCUGUUUAUUCAUGUCCAUGUGUCCAGAUACUCAUUAAUGAGCCCAUCAAUGUAGGUGCUAAAAUGUGGAGGAAAAAAGGACUAAAACGGACACUAAAGGUGGUGUUCUUGGCUCUAAUAAAUGUGACUAUGCUAUAAACACGAAUCUCAACAAAAACACCAUCCGAAACAACAACACGACAUGAAAAAUUUGUGACUUUUAUGAGGAAAUAGAACAAAAUCUAUCCGGUAGAGCAAGGUUAACAGACAAAGUAACUCAUUUAUCUAACAGUGAGAGCAGUUGCCAUCAUUAUAACACGGAUUAGUCAAGAGUUUAGUGGCCUUGCAACUCUUUAAAGAUA